AUGCUUCCUGUGUGCAGAUGUCCUGCUCACUCCAACACCUUCCACCAGGGUGUCAGAGCGGCACCCUGCACCGUCCGGAAAACUGACUAUGCCUUUGAGAUGGCGAGUUCCAACAUCCGCUAUGGAGAAGGAGUCAGCAAAGAGAUCGGCAUGGACCUGCAGAACCUCGGCGCAAAAAACGUCUGCGUGAUGACAGACAGGAACUUGUCCCAACUUCCUCCAAUGAAGGCUGUUCUUGAGUCUCUAGUGAAAAACGGAGUCAAGUACAAAGUCUAUGACAAUGUCCGCGUCGAGCCAACGGACUCCAGCUUUAAAGAUGCCAUCUCCUUUGCUAAAAACCAUGCCUUUGAUGUGUUUGUGGCGGUGGGCGGUGGCUCAGUGAUUGACACAUGUAAAGCGGCCAAUCUGUACGCGUGUCACUCCGAUGCCGACUUCCUGGACUUUGUCAAUGCUCCGAUUGGCAAAGGGAAGCCGGUGAGUGGAGCUGUGAAACCGCUGAUUGCAGUUCCCACAACUGCAGGCACCGGCAGUGAGACCACAGGUGUCGCCAUUUUCGACUACGAGCCCUUAAAAGCCAAAACAGGAAUUGCCAGCAGAGCCAUCAGACCCACACUGGGCAUCGUGGAUCCGACGCACACACUGAGCAUGCCUGAGAGAGUCGCCGCCAACAGUGGCUUCGACGUCCUCUGUCAUGCCCUGGAGUCAUACACCGCCCUGCCCUACGACCAGAGGAGCCCCUGCCCUACAAACCCCAUCAACCGCCCAGCCUACCAGGGCAGCAACCCCAUCAGCGAUGUCUGGUCCCGCCAUGCUCUCCACGUGGUCGCCAAGUACAUGAAACGAGCUGUGCGAGACCCUGAGGACCUGGAGGCUCGUUCCAGCAUGCACCUGGCCAGCGUGUUUGCCGGGAUUGGCUUUGGGAAUGCCGGGGUUCAUCUGUGGCCUGAGUACAUGAAGCCUCACGGGCUCUCCGUUGUCCUUACGUCUCCGGCCGUCUUCAACUUCACAGCCCCGAUAUGUCCGGAGCGCCACCUUGAGGCCGCAGAGAUCCUCGGUGCAGAUAUCCGGCAGGUGAAGAGGGAGGAUGCGGGUGCCGUUCUGGCCGACACGCUGCGUCAGAUUCUGUACGACCUGCACGUGGAAGAUGGACUGGGAGCUGUGGGAUACACCAAAGACGACAUCCCGGCACUAGUGAAAGGAACGAUCCCUCAGGUGGGUCAGAGUCCCCCUUCAUAUGUGUACUCCUGGGUUAAACUGUGA